AUGGAGAAUCCGUUUGAACGUCAACAGAAGAAUAUAUUAUCACGUAUAAUCGUUAAUGUAGAACGAUUAAAUCAAAGUGUAAUUACAUUAAAUCAAGAAUUAGCUAAUGUUAAUAAAAAAAAUAAAAACAUUGAAAUAAUUGGGCAAAUAUGCGAAAAUUAUCAUAAUAGCACACAAUUUAAUUUAGACGCCACAGGUAACAGGAAGCCACCUUUCUAA